GUAAUUCAACAGAUUUUUGAAAGAAGCGAUUCAAUUGAUUCAAAUACGAUUUGAAUUUGCUCGCUUAGACUAUCGAUAAUUCAACCAGUAACUCAAGAUUAAUUAAUUAUUGCCAAAAAACAAAGCAUAACGUAAUUAGAAAGAAGUGGGCAUAAUUAUAUCACUGUGUUUAGGUUAAGUUCUAGGUCAAUGUUUGUGCUUUUAAUCAAUUGUCACUAGGAAAAUGAUUCAGUGAUUAAACAAGACAAUUAUCAUGAAAUGAGUCCAAGAGCAAUGGAUGUAAAUACAGAAGGAAGUGAAAAUUUUGCGUCCUCGUAACAUUAAAAUUAAUGUAUACUAAAGAUAUGCUUCUUUUCUGGUCUGUUCACUUGUAAUACACCAAGCCCAAAGAUUGAACUAAUUGACGAGACCAAAUAGUGCUGAGGUCGAAUGUCAAUUAAGGAUAUGGCCCUGAGGGUGAUUAUCAAUUUACAAGUAAACUCUUAUCAUCCAACUCAUUUGGAAAGCUCUAUCUUCUGCAGUAGAGCUGGUUACUCUUUCUCUGCUCUCGUUUUUGUCUUCGCUUUUGUUUAUACCUUGUUUUAUCUUCCUGUCCUAUGGGAAGGUAGAGAUGGAUGAUGAUGACGACGAUGAUGGUGAGGAGGAGAAAAGCUUAUUUUCUUGGAGUUAUAAAAGCUCAAAACUUUAGUACAAAUAUUUCUUGUCUUUAGGUCAACAAUUGUUGGUUGAAAGAAAGAGAGAAAAUAGCUGGACAAAUAGAGAAAGUGAAUCUUUCCGAUUAUCUCUCUGAUUGUCAUCAGUCAAAUUUAUCUUUAAAUUGUUAAACUUGAGUUUAAUUAUAUUUCCGUGAUGAAGCCUCUAAUUUGUUAUGUAACAUGUAUUUGUUGUUUUGUGUUGAGUGUAACUGCAUUUGAUGCGUUUGAUAUUGUGUCAACAACAACGACUUCAUUUGACCAAGAAGAUUCAGAUGAAGAUGAUAACCAGCCAACUUGUGGUAAACAAACGGUUCAAAGAUUAGGUAGAGGUGGACGAGUUGUUGGUGGUCAAAAUUCGUAUCCUGGAGAGUUCCCAUGGACGGUCUCGAUUCGCUUACCUUUAAAACAUCAUUGUGGUGGAGCCAUUGUCAGUCCAGAGUGGAUUUUAACUGCUGCUCAUUGUGUUGCUAAUUAUGGACCUGAAGACUAUCGAGUCCGAUUAGGAUCAAUAUUAAAGGAUGAUCAAUUCCAAGAAAGGGGUCUUGUAAUGAAAGUUGUUGAUGUCAUUAUACAUGAACAGUACGCAUCUCCUAGAAGAUACUCGCAUGAUAUCGCUUUGUUAAGAUUGGAAAGCCCGCUUAAUUUUACGGAUUUUGUUUCACCGAUAUGUUUACCGCCGCCUGAAUAUGUUACCAAAGAUAAUAGCUACAAAGGAAUCAAAGCAACAGUUGUAGGCUGGGGAUGGACAUCUUUCAAGCAGAAGCCGGUCAUUAUUGGAACUUAUCCUCAGCUUCUCCAGAAAGUCGACUUGAAAGUUAUACACAAUUUAGAAUGCAUGAGUUGGUUCAAGUCUAGAGGAAUCAACUUGAUUUUGGAUAACAAACAAUUUUGCGCCGGUUACAAAGACGGAGGAAAAGAUUCUUGCAGUGGUGACUCAGGAGGACCUUUAGUGGUCAAAAAUAACUUAACAAAAAAAUUUUACAUUAUUGGUAUUGUAAGUGCUGGAGUUGCCUGCGCCGAACCUCGACUACCGGGUGUUUAUACAAGGGUCACAGCUUAUCUGGACUGGAUCAAUGAGAGAAUCCAGGAAAAGUAUUGAGUUAUUUCAAUAACUGUGAAUAGAUUGUCCAUUUUACCUUUGUGUACAUUUUUUGUAAAUAAAACUGAUACUGUUUAUCCUCAA